AUGGCCACACUACAGUUAAAUGACGGGACGUUGAUUCCUACGUUAGCAUUUGGUGCUGGAACCGCGUUAUAUAAGUGCGGCUUAUUAGAUAGCUUUGAUCGUAACACGGUUGAGUUAAUCAAAAGCGCUAUUGCGGCUGGAUAUCGCCAUCUCGACACAGCUGAGAUUUACGGUACGGAAGUGGAAGUUGGUUUGGCAAUAAGAGAAAGCCUUGAAGAAGGCGUUAUCCAGAGCCGCGAAGAGCUCUUCGUCACGACUAAGAUUUCAGGUGACUUUUUCAACUCGGCCCAGUAUAUUGACGUGAGUCUGCCAAAACUGGGGCUAGAAUACGUUGAUCUCUAUCUCAUUCAUUCUCUUUUAUGGGCAAAUUCGACAAUUAAAGAGAGCCGAACAGCAAAGUCCAUUGGUGUUUCGGGCUUUGACCCUUCUCAUCUCAAAGCUAUUAGUGUCACUGCACGUAUGCCACCCUCAAUAAACCAGCUGGAAUACCAUCCGUACUUUUCUAAGCGACAAGGAAAACCCUAUCUUCCUGCACUUCGCAGCAGUGAUACAGGAAAUGUAGCGGUCGCGGCAUAUGGAGCAUUAGUGCCUCUUACAAGGAAUAUCCGGGGCCCUCUAGAUGAAACCUUAAUAAUUAUCGCAAAGAAGCACGGUAUUACUCCGGAGUUAAGAAUCGAAGAAUACCUGCGAGUCUUUGAUUUCAAGUUAACGGCAGAUGAUAUCGGAAAAAUUAAUGAGACGGGUUAUGCUUGUAUUAGUACGCAGGAGCCGAUAUCGAGAGCGAGAAGGUACUUCGACAGUCUGCAAACAAAAUGA